UUCGUAAUGUUUUUCUAAAAUAAAUUUCUUGAAUUUUCUCGAAAAACAACUUUUAUACUUAAAUUAAUAGGAAUUACAGUAAAACAACAUUAUUAAUUAGUUGAAGCACAUCUAGCAAGUAUGGUUGACUAUUCAAAGUGGAAAAAUAUUGAAGUAUCGGAUGAUGAAGACGAAACUCAUCCAAACAUCGAUACUCCGUCUUUAUUCAGAUGGAGGCAUCAAGCUCGAGUUGAAAGAAUGGAGCAAUUGGAUCAAGAGAAAAAGAUACUGGAAAAUUCGAUUAAGGAAGCUGAAAAAAAGAAAAAGAUCGUACAAGAAAAGCUUAAAAAUGCAUCUGAUAAUUCAAUGAGUGAAUUAAAGAAGGAAAUUGACAAAAUUGAUAAAGAUAUAAAGGCAUUAGAAAAUCAAAAGAAAGAGUUUAAGAAAAAAGAGGAAUUAACACCGUGGAAUGUCGAUACACUUUCACAGCCAAAGUUCUCAAAAACUGUUAUUAACAAAAAGGUAGAAGAAAAAAAUUACGAGGACAUGACAGACGAGGAAAAAGAGGCACACAUGAAAAAGUUUAUUAAAGAAAACGAAAGUCUUAUUAAGCAGUACGGAAUGCUUCAAAAAUUCGAUGACUCAAAAAAAUUCUUAAUGCAACAUAAUUUACUCGUUCACGAAGAUACUGCAAACUAUUUAGUCAUUUGGUGCAUUAAUCUAGAGAUGGAAGAGAAACGUGAAUUAAUGCAACAUGUUGCUCAUCAAUGUAUUUGCAUGCAGUAUAUGCUUGAACUAUCAAAACAGCUUAAAAUUGAUCCAAGAGCUUGCAUUGCUCCAUUCUUUGAGAGAAUACAGACAGCUGACAUCGAAUAUCGUCGUCAAUUUGAGGAUGAACGUAAUGCAUUUAUCCAAAGAAUCAUAAAUAGAGCUAAAGAAAAAAUCGCUCAGGCUUUAAAGGAACAAGAGGAAGAAGAAGAAAGAGAAAGGAAGGAACGCUUAGGUCCAGGCGGCCUCGAUCCAGCAGAAGUUUUUGAGACAUUGCCAAAGGAGCUACAAGAUUGCUUCGAAAAGCGAGACACGGAAAUGUUAAAGGAAGCCAUCAUGAAGAUGCCAGAAGAGGAAGCAAAAUAUCACAUGAAACGAUGUGUAGAUAGUGGUCUUUGGGUUCCUGAAGGUGGCACAAAAGAAGAACCUGCUUAUCAGGAAGUAGGCAGCGUCAGUGAACAAAAAGCUGAUGAUUUAGACUUGGAUUAAAUAAAUUAAACUCUCUUUUACUUCAUUCGAUACACGUUUUAUUAACUGCUUUCGUGAAUAACAUGAUUUUCAAUUGAUAGAUUACAAUCCAAGCGAUUUAAAAUAUAUAAAUUGAUGUAAAAAAGAAAAGAUUACAAAACAUCUCUCUGCUGUUGUUAUUGAUGAAGUAACUGAAUGUUUAUUGAAUAUUUCUGCUAAAUUCAGUCUGAUCUUAAUCUUCCAAGAAAAAGUAUUGACCAGCGCGCUUUUGUUCA